UUGGGAAUGAAGCCGAAACACUUCAAAGGGAGAAUCCCGUACCUGUCAAUGCGGAGACCCGUUCCCUGCGCCUUCCUCUGUAGAUGCAAAUCCUCCCUGAUCAACGAUUCUUAACGUACACCCUUCUCCACGGCUUCGUAGGAUCACUUUCCAUUACUCUUCCUUCUCCGUCUCAUGUCUUCAAGACCCGUUGCUUCUCUUCCUCUUCGCCUUCUUCCCAUGAUUGGUUGUUCGUUUCCACGGUUCGGUGCACCCACCUCUGACUCUAGUGCAUUCGGGAGAUAACAGGUCUCAGUUGCAAUGGAGAUCUCUCGUUGGGUCUUGCUAUUGUCGUUCUUUCUCUGCCUUUUCGCAUCUGGAUGUUUCUCUAUCGAGAACUUCCACCAAGCGUUUCCUAUUGUUGAACCUGAUCCUGGACAUACAAAACUUCGCCUUGCAAGGGAAGGCUUGGAGGCCAUUGAGAGGAUAACCACUCCUAUUGCAGCUGUUGCUGUAAUUGGGCCAUAUCGCUCUGGAAAAUCAUUUUUGCUUAAUCAGCUUCUCUCCCUCUCUUGUUUUGAAGGUUUUGGUGUUGGACACAUGCGUGACACAAAAACGAAAGGUAUAUGGGUUUGGGGAACACCAAUAGAGUUGGAUAUUGAUGGAGUUAGUACUUCUGUCUUGUACCUUGAUACAGAGGGAUUUGAGAGUGUUGGGAAGUCUAAUGUAUAUGAUGACCGGAUUUUUGCCCUGGCGAACGUUAUGAGUUCUGUGCUUAUCUAUAACCUUCCGGAGACAAUUCGUGAAGCUGACAUCUCUCGUCUGUCAUUUGCUGUUGAGCUUGCUGAAGAAUUUUAUGGGAGAGUGAAGGGGCAAGAUGUUGCCUUUGAACCUGCCAAACUUCUGUGGCUUAUCCAGCGUGAUUUUCUACAAGGGAAGUCUGUGCAAGAAAUGGUGGAUGAAGCUCUUCGACGUGUCCCAAAUAAUGAUGGGGACAAAAACAUUGAAAUGGUUAAUCAAAUUAGGGACUCAUUGGCCGUUAUGGGUGAUAACAGCACAGCCUUUAGCUUACCACAACCCCAUCUCCAGCGAACAAAACUUUGUGACAUGAAGGAUGGUGAACUCGAUCCUAUAUAUGUCAGGAAGCGAGAGCAAUUGAAACAACUUGUUGCCGGCAUUAUUCGUCCAAAGAUUGUUCAGGGUAAAACCUUAAAUGGAAAGGAGUUUGUAUAUUUCCUGGAGCAGAUACUUGAAGCCUUGAAUAAAGGGGAGAUCCCAUCAACAGGCUCUCUGGUGGAGGUUUUCAAUAAAGGUAUUCUUGACCGAUGCUUGAAGCUAUACAGUGAAAAGAUGGAAAAAUUGGGCUUACCCCUAUCUGAGACAGCUCUGCAAGAUGCCCAUGAAAGGUCCAGAGAUGAAGCAAUGCAAGUUUUUGAUCAGCAGCAUUUUGGACGACAUCAUGCAAAGAAAUCAGUCAUGCAACUGGAUGAAGAAAUAGAAAAGGUGUAUAAGAAUGUUAUUAUGGCAAAUGAAUAUCAAUCAUCAAAGCUUUGUGAGGCACUCUACACCGGAUGCGAGGACAAGAUGGACCAGCUUCAAGUUCUCAGGCUUCCAUCCAUGGCAAAAUUCAAUGCAGGUUUCCUUCAAUGCAACCAAAGUUUUGAGCUCGAGUGUGUUGGACCGUCAAAAGCAAAUUACGAGCAGCGGAUGAAGAAGAUGUUGGGGAAGUCACGAUCUCUUUUUAUCAAGGAAUAUAAUCACAGGCUCUUCAAUUGGUUGGUGGCAUUCUCCCUUGUCAUGGUAGUGGUGGGCCGGUUUAUCAUAAAGUUUAUUUUGAUUGAAAUUGGGGCAUGGAUACUCUUUAUCUUCUUGGAGACAUACACGAGGAUGUUUUGGUCAGCAGAGUCGCUUUACUACAAUCCAGCCUGGCAUUUCAUAGUUGCCACUUGGGAAACACUUGUUUACAGCCCUAUCCUAGAUUUGGACAGAUGGGCUCUUCCCAUGGGUUUCAUGUUGGCGAUUGCUAUAGUAUAUUGGCGUUGUUACGGGGGAAGAAAACACGGAACUCGUUGGCUAUUACCCCUGUACAACAAUCACAAAAGUGGCCCAAAUCGGCCAAGAUCAGAUUAGAAGUGUAGCAACUGUGUGCUUGAAGCUUCUGGUAUGCUCCUGUUCAAUCACACGAUUUAUACAUGAAGCCCGCCAAUUCAUUCUUGGGUCCUCGGUAGAGAUUUUAUUGCAAAACUGUGAAGAGGGGAAAAGAUUGUUGGCUGUUCUGCAAAGUGUCUCCAACUGUAGCAUCUCCAAAUGGUUUCUGUUCUAUUGAUUAUUUCAAAGGUCUAUCAUUCCACAUUUGUCAUUAAAUUACCCAGUAAAUUGGAAUGUGAUCAUAUGUUUAGAAGGGGGAAAAGAAAGAAGAAGAAAGGAACAUAGGACAAAGAAGAAGAGAAUUUGUUUUAAAGGAGUGACACUUGCUUCGAAAUUCUUUCUCGCUGCUAGGUCUACUGACAUGAAAUUAGAUUUUUUCUUUUUCUUUUGUGAAAUAACUGUUAAAAAUAACACCUAUUCAUUUAUUAAUUGCAUGCGUUCGAUGAAUUGCAUGAUGAACGUGCGCGAUCUGUUUAUUAUA